AUGAAGCUCCACACUCUUCUUUAUGUUUCUGUCCUACUGGCUGUAUUCAGCACCAUGGUUUUGGCUGAUGUCAAAAGUGGACAUUUCAAAGGACCAUGCUAUCAUGACAGUAAUUGUAACGGCGUUUGUCGGGAUGAGGGCUACAAAUCUGGUCAUUGCAGCCGUUGGGGAGGAGCUUGUUGGUGUGUCACACCAGCAGGCUCCACUCCAGUAGCUGCAAUGUCCAUCCUUGUAGCCUUCGUCCUUACAAACGCCUGCACAAUUGCUGUCCGAGUAACAUGGUCCUGA